AUGAAGAUAGCUGCGACUCGCUUCCGGUCAACGUGCACGUCGCAGACCACGGCGUGGAUAGCGCCUAAGAUCUGCGCAGCCUGCGCGACGGACCAAUCUAGGCGCUUCUCAUCACUCAAGCGCCCACCUCCCAACUAUCCCGGCCAUGUACCUCUGACUCGGGUUGAACGCGCCGGUCUAGCCAUUGGGUCAGGCGUCAUGUCUCUGAUCAACCCUUACCGUCAUGAUCUCAUCGCCGCCCUGGGAGAAGCUACUGCGACACCAUACUUUAUCUACCGCCUGCGCGACGCCAUGCUCGCCGACCCAACCGGCCGCCGAAUCCUGCGUCAACGACCUCGCAUCUCUUCCAAGACCUUGUCUGUCGAGAAACUACGCCAGAUGCCACCCAACUCGGUCGGCCGAGCCUAUAUUGACUGGCUCGACCGAGAAGGCGUCUCGCCCGAUACACGAUCGCAAGUCCGCUACAUCGACGACGAGGAGUGCGCAUAUGUUAUGCAACGCUACCGAGAAUGCCACGACUUCUUCCACGCUGUCACGGGGCUGCCCAUCGUCAAAGAGGGAGAGGUUGCGCUCAAGGCGUUUGAAUUUGCGAAUACCCUGAUCCCCAUGACGGGACUGAGCAUGCUAGCCGUGGGCACCUUGAAGGCACAGGAGAGGAGCCGUUUCUGGAGUAUAUACAUGCCCUGGGCCGUCCGAAAUGGCGUCCGCAGCAAGGAGGUGAUCAAUGUGUUUUGGGAAGAGGAGCUGGAGAGGGACGUGGACGACCUGCGGAGAGAGCUCGGCAUCGAACAGCCACCGGAUCUGCGGACCAUACGCAAACGCGAACGCGAGGAGAGGAGGCGCAUGAAGGAGAUGCAGAGCCAUCAGCGGUGA